ACCAAAUAAUUGAGGUACUCCACUAUAAUACAAUACCCAAAAGCAUAAAAAAAAGAGGUUGAGGGUAUCAAUACCAUAACCAACUAUUAAAAAAAAAGGUAUAAUUCCCUUUUUAAUCUGCAGCUGAAUGCAGCAGAAAGGAAGAGCUUUAAACCGUAGAUCAAGGUCUUUCUCUCGAUCUCGUCUUGCCAUUGAAGGCUUUUAGAUCUUUAUUUCAACAUUCUCUCUCUUCCACUCUCAUCUCUCAUUUUAUAAGCUUUUUAAGUUUAUAAUAAUCUCUUGCGAAGAUGGUUGGUCAAACUGCUGAUCUUGAGGUGCUUUCUCUGCUUCCACCUUAUGAAGGUAAGUCUGUGCUACAAAUUGGCGCGGGUAUUGGUCCUCUUACUGGCGAAUUGGCCAAAAAGGCUGGCCAGGUUGUAGCUGUUGAUUUCACUGGGAGUGUGACAAACAAGAGUGAAAGCAUAAGCGCAAAUCACCCAAAUGUGAAGUUCAUUUCUGCUGAUGUAACAUCUCCCAGCCUAGACAUUUCACCAGAAUCCUUCGAUCUGAUUUUUGCUAAUUCGUUCCUUGUGCAUCUUUCUGUCGAUGAGGUUGGAAAUAUGGUUCAAAGCAUUGUGAAGUGGCUGAAACCAGGAGGCUUUCUUUUCUUAAGAGAGGCUUGUUCUAAUGAAUCUGCAGAUCAGAACCAAAACAACUCGAUCCACUAUCGUGAUCCUAAGUUCUACACCAAGGUCUUCAAAGAAUGUCGCGUGCAAAGUGAAUCAGGAAAUUCCUAUGAGCUCUCUGUUGUUGGUGGCAAAUGCAAUCAAAACAAGACUAGCUGGCUAUGGCAGAAAGUUGGUUCAGAGGAUGAUAAGGGGUUUCAACAGUUUCUGGAUACUGUACAAUACAAAGCUCAGGGCAUCUUGCGUUAUGAGCGUGUCUUUGGCCCAGGUUAUGUGAGCACCGGAGGACUAGAAACAACGAAAGAGUUUGUGGCUAAGCUUGACCUGAAGCCUGGACAGAAGGUUCUGGAUGUGGGUUGUGGCAUAGGUGGUGGUGAUUUCUACAUGGCAGAAAACUUCAACGUUGAAGUCGUGGGAAUCGAUCUCUCCAUCAAUAUGAUCUCUAUUGCUCUCGAACGUGCUGUUGGACUCAAUUGUGCAGUUGAGUUUGAGGUGGCUGAUUGUACCACAAUAACUUAUCCAGAUAAUGCUUUCGAUGUGAUUUACAGCCGUGAUACCAUCCUCCAUAUUCAGGAUAAACCUGCAUUGUUCAGAUCAUUUUAUAAAUGGUUGAAGCCCGGAGGCAAGGUUCUAAUCAGUGAUUACUGUAGAAGUGCUGGUACAGCAUCACCUGAAUUUGCAGAAUAUAUUAAGCAGAGGGGAUAUGAUCUUCAUGAUGUUCAGGCAUAUGGCCAGAUGCUCAGAGAUGCUGGAUUUGAUGAGGUUAUCGCCGAGGAUAGGACUGAUCAGUUCUCCAAAGUUCUGGAAAGAGAACUAAACGCAGUCGAGAAGGAAAAGGAAAGGUUCAUUACAGACUUCUCUGAGGAAGAUUACGAUGCCAUAGUCGGUGGAUGGAAGUCCAAGUUGGUGAGGGUUUCGUCAGGUGAGCAACGUUGGGGUUUGUUCAUUGCUGAAAAAGCAAUGAAGAAUUGAUCUGUGCUGGUGCCUCUAAUGGCUGGUACCGCCCGUUGUACUGGUUUUUACAUGUACUUUCAGUUUUUGGAUCAUUUGUAAUCUGGCAAUAGUGUAAGCACUAAGCGGCAGUGCAAUGCAGCCCAUCUUUCCUGGUUUGUUAAUAUUUCUGCAAUGUAAUAAAGAGGUGGGUUCUACAA